GAAUUGAACCCCAACUCGGGAGGUGUGAGGCGAACGUGCUAAGCACUAACCACUGUGUGCCCUGAACAAAAUGCAAUUUAGAUAAAAAAUAAAUAAAUGCUAACAUGACUAAAAGGCAAGUAGUACAACUAAGUUUUAUUUCAUAAUUAUUUAGCAAUAUAUAUUUAACUCAUGUUUAACAUGUUUAAGUAGCAUUCUUCUGUUGAUAACUUAGAAGGGGCGGUGCCCCAGCGCCCCCUAUUGACCAGCCGCCACUGCACAUAAGGGUACAUUUUUGUACAAACUUCAGUCUGUAUCCAUUACAUAAUGUGAAGUAACGUUAUAAAAUAAUUUAAGAUAUAUAAUUUGACCUUAAGGUCCACUUUUGUUUUUAUGUGUUUUUAAAUGUAUUUUAACUAUAUAAAAGAUUCAAUACACUAUUUUCUGAGAAUAUGUAUCUAUUUUUUUUACUUUUAGUCCAUUUCAUUCAAGCAUCUGACUCAGUUAUUUCUUUCUCUACCAGUUCAACACAAGACACAAUUUUAAAAACCAGACUUAUUCAGCUGGAAUGCCAUUUUACCUGGGCUCUGAAUAAAAAUGAUACAGAUCUCACCGAUCUUCUGAACAGGCUCGAAGAACAGCUUAACCUGGAUCUUGGAAGGGAGGAAGGAGUUGCACGCACACACAGCUGUAUGGGAUUUGUGAAGUUUCUACUAGGCUCCACUACUGAAGCUCUCAGCAACUUAGAGAGAUCUGUAGAGCUCACAAAGUCUCAUGGAAAUGACUGUGACAAGCUGCUUGUUAUUGCCUAUGGAGACCUUGCAUGGUUAUACUAUCAUAUGGGUAAUUUUGCAGAAUGUGAAAGCUACCUGAAUAAACUGAGUGAAAUUAAAGAGAAAUAUCCAUCUGUCCCAUACGCCGAGGUGCUUGGAGAAAAAGGAUGGACCUUCCUCAAGUUUUCUUGGAAAUAUAAUGAAAGGGCUAAAGAGUGCUUCAGGAAGGCCCUGGAGCUGGACCCAGAGGAGGGUGAAUGGAAUGCCGGCCUUGCCAUUGCUCUGUAUCGGGCAGAGGAUAUGCUCGGAGAUCCAGUGGUAAUUGAUCAACUUAGACGGGCCAUAGCCACUAACCCAGAUGAUGAUGUUCUUAAAGUUCUGCUUGGUUUGAGAUUGGCUGCUCACAAGAAGUAUAGCGAGGCAGAGAGCCUAGUGGAGCAAGCCUUAGAGAGGUCUCCAGAACACCCCCAUGUGAUGCGAUAUGUUGGGAAGUAUUUCCGGAAUGAAGGAUCUGUGGACUGGUCUAUUGCCCUUCUAAAGAGAGCGUUAGAGAAAGUGUCCAACGCAGCCUUUAUACACCAUCAGCUGGGGCUCUGCUAUAAGAAAAAGAUUGUGAAUCUGAUGCAAGCAGGAAGCCACCACACAAAAGGUGAUGAAAUUAAGCGAGCUCGAGAGCAGUGUAUUUGCCAUUUACAGAUGGCAACUGAACUGAAGACCAGCUUCAUCAUUGCUAUGAAUGAACUGGCCCUCCAGUAUGGGGCGAACCGGGAUAAGCUGAAAGCAGAAGAAAUGUUCCAGAAAACAUUUCAGGCUGCUAGAGAAAAAAACGAUAACAUACAGUCUGUUCAUCACUAUUAUGCAGAAUUCCAGCAGUACUUUAUGAAAUGUGAGCCUGCUGCCAUCAAACAUUACACUGAAAGUCUGAAGAUAAAUCCAAAUGCAUAUAAUGGGAAGAAAAGUGCUAAAAAUCUGCAAAAGAUUGCAGAGAGAAGAAUUGAGAACAACCCAAGGGAUGGAGAGGCCUUUGGAAUACUUGGAAUCAUUCAUAAGGGAAAAGGAGAAAAACAACAAGCCAUAGAGUGCUUUGAGCAAGCGCUGAGCUUUGUAGACAACGAGGAUUACUUCAAAGAUCUUUGUGAACUUAGGCUUUCAUUACAGUAAUAUUACCAAUAUACAAUAUGAUCCACAGCCAAUGAUUUAAACAUAUUCAUGAAAUUUAAUGGCAACCAGUGUAGUAUCUUGUAAUAAUAUAUGUACUGUGAAUUUAAGAUAAUUUGUUCAUUAUUAUAUUUGAUCAUAAUUAUAUGUAGUAAUGGAAUACGAUGGCUGCUUUACUCACUAUUAAUGUUUUACUACUAAUGUCUGCCCUGCAUUUCAAUUCUGAAAACCAAUUUCUUGUAACUGUAAUUAAAGCACUUUCAACUAUUUUAAUAUGA